AUGAACUCUGUGUACACAUUAACCAGUUCUGAGAGACCACAUGUCUCCACCCGGGCAAAGAAGGCAAGGGCCGUGGCCCAGCACAUCCGGAGUCUGGGAAAGACCAGAGACGGGCCCCCAGCAGACGCUCUGCGGAAGGCGGUCACCACCUGCGUGGUUCCCUCACUGCUCUAUGGCACAGAGGCCUGGUACAGCGGCCGCACGCAGCCAGCAAGGCACACGGGCAGGAGUGGGGAGGUUAGCUCCCGCCUGGGAUGGCAUGUGGGGACAGUUGAGAAGGUGCUUACUAUGGCAGCCAGAGGGGUCCUCCCAGUUUUCCGUACAACGCCCAUCGCUACCCUAUACCGGGAUGCUGGGCUCCCAUCAGCAAUGGUAGCUCUGGAGGAGGCCAAAAUUCGAUUCGCGACAAGGCUUCAGGUGGUGGAUGAGAAGCACCCACUGGCUUCACGGAUAGCACCUCCAAUGAUCACACGAGGAAGAGGGGCUGGAACCCGGCAGCGCUCAAAGACCAAGAUCCAGCGGUUGGGGGCGCUGCUACCUGCAGUCAAUAGACCCACACUUGCCAUCCCACACUACUCAGAGGGAUGCGGGACAGACCCCACAGAGGGUGUAGACAAAAAGAGUGCUGCUCAGGCAUUCAAGGAAUGGUGGAGAAGUCAACCCUCAACAGAUCUAUAUGUUUUCUCAGAUGGAUCAGAACGGAACCUUGACAACAGCAGGCAGGUGGGCUAUGGCUUCAUAGUCUAUCAGGGAAAUAAACAGCUGGCCAGCUUCUCAGCUGCGCUGAGCCCUAUGUCACAUGUCUUCGACGCUGAGGCAGUUGGUGCCUGCCGGGCAUUGGAGUGCGCCGUGAAGCUCCUACCUUGUGUCACAGAGGACAGCAGCAACCCUCAGAUCUGGCUCUGCCUCGACAACACCUCAGUCAUCUGGGGCAUACGGGGCAGUGCAGCAGCCUCCUCAAACUGGGCCUACAACCGCUGCCAUGAGCUCCUCAGACAGCACAAUGUCGGCCUGAAAUGGGCUCCUGGGCAUAUGGGGAUAGAGGGCAAUGAGGAAGCAGACCGCUUGGCUAAGCGGGCAGUCUCAUCCACUGCAGCCCCAGCCUAUGGUCUCGAGGCCACACCCACAGUCAGUGGGGUCCGCACAGUGGCCAAGCAGCUCAGCCAAGAGGCAAGGCGAAAGUGGUGGAGUGGAGCCUGUGGCAAGCUCUCUGACUGGUACCGGGGCUGGAGUUUCAGCAGGCCGACUGUGGAAUACCAAGUGAAGGCCCCUCCGGAGCUCACCAUGCCACGGCAUGCCCUUCACCGCUGGCUCGCACUCCGCUCCUCUCAUGGGGACUUCUCCUGGUACCACAGGCGUUUCCAGCAUGCAGAUGCGAGGCUCACCUGUGUCUGUGGACACAACAAGAGCCCAGAACAUUUGGUGCUCUGUCGACACUCACAAAGGCACUUUCUUCACUGGCCCAAGAGGCCAGCAGCACGGCCACACAACCGGGCGACAGCUGUUGCCUAUCUAGGGUCUCUGACCCCUACAGACUUUGUAGAACUGCUGGACUGCACGCAGUUCUACACACGGUACUGCACAAGGUAA